AUGAAGACCGCCGCAGUUUUCACCACUUUUGCGGCCAUCGCAAGUGGCCUGCCAGCAAAUUGCACACAGACAACAUGCCCAACUGCGCAAGAAGCAACCUCUUUUUCCUUGACGUAUGGAAUACCUCUCUUGGCGUUUCAGCAGCUCUAUAGCACACAACAAGAGGGUGCGGACGCUCCUGUUGUCAAUCAGCUCGUGGCGAAUACAGAGCUCACAACUCCAAACGAUACGGCCGUCAUUUCCCCCAAUGUAGAUACGCUGUACUCGGUCGUGAUCUAUGACAUCUCUCACCAGGACCUUGAGUUGGUCGUCGGCGAUGUACCCGCCGACAGAUACUACAGUGUAGCCUUGUACACACCUUACGGGGAAAACUAUGUUACCUUUGGCGCCCUGACCGACGCGAGCGCUGGUACUUAUCUCCUGACUCCCGCUCAAUCCUUCAACACAAGCGGCACAGUGCAGGCAGAUUCCACAGGGCGCUACGCGGGAAUUAUCCAUGUCCCAAACACAUUUGGCACAGCAAUGAUUCGCAUACUUCUCAAGAAUGCAGAGGGAGACAUCGCUGUCGUCAAUGAAAUCCAGGAUGGAUUCUCGGCGGCUCUUGUGAACCGUACCGGCGAGCCCGUUGGACCACAACUGACCGAUGACGUGUUUAGCAAUUCGUCGAGCUCGCAGCCUGAAUACAUUAUGGAUCUUACAGCCCGAUUCGCGCACAUGGUGCCAAAGACACUGGGUGGUGAGAUUGUUCCUGUCCAAACCACUGCAACCCUGAUGGCCGCUGGCGUUGAUCCAAAGAGCGGCACCUACGCAAAACCAGCAUGUGUCAACCUUACACAAGCAUAUACCUCUUCUCAGGGAGCCAUGAUGUCUGCGGGUGAAUCGAACGCAACCAGCACUGACCUCGGUAAUGGCUGGAAGAUGUACAACUCUGAGUACAUUGGCACCUAUGGAACACACUAUGCAAUUCGCGCAUACUUUGCACAGGAGGCUUACUUGGCAAUGGUUAACACGGAAGCCUUGUAUCCAUUCUACACUGAGAGCAUCUUCUCACUUGGAACCAACGAAUCGUACCGUAUGCAAUUUUCCGGAAAGCCACAGCUCGAAGAUGUUGGUUUCUGGAGCGUCACCAUGUACAGCGCCGAAGGGUACUUGUUUGAGAACGCGAUUGAUCGUUACACUAUUGGCGAUCGCAGCAACCUUACUUACCCAGACGGAACAUUGGUGUACGGGUCCGACGUUAACUCGACCUUUGAAGUCCUCGUUCAGGGCGCUACUCCACCUGACGAAUAUAUUUCCAACUGGCUUCCAUCGCCACCAAAUGGCAGCGACUUUAUCAUGUUGCUGCGCUACUAUGCACCAGGAGACUCUCUUCGUAAAGGAGACUACACCUUCCCUCAUCUUGAGCCCGGCGCUGCCGUUGUGUAG